AUGGAUUCCGUAAGAUGCGAGAAAUAUAAGGUUUACCAACCAGAGCUUCCAAGUAAGAAAUUUCCGCCUGACGAAGAUGUCAGUAUUCACAAUAUUAAGGUACUUCGUGGCGAUUCUGGAGACCAGAAUAAAUCCACAUUUUUUGAAGGAGAUAUAAAAAAAUCUGUUCCUGAUUUAGAAAUUGUUGAGGAAGACAAGGAAGAGCUAGCCCGUAAGAGACCUAUUGGAGUAUUUAGAGAUGGCGAACGACGAAUAGAUAUUGUAUUGGUCUUAAAGGACGAUGUUAAUGCAAAUAUUAACAAAAUACAAUUAGAUUUUAUCGUCAACAUUCUUAGAGCGGGUUUGGAAGUGGAACUAGAACCCGGUGUAUUAAAAAAACACAAAAAUCUCACAUUUGUUAAAAUUCAUGCACCCCAACACGUUUUAGAUAAAUAUGGAGUGUAUUUUGGGACAAAACGGAAUUUUGCUGACACAAGAUAUGACUACAUAGCAAAAAGCGUAAGAAACAAAGAAAAGCAAUGUUUGAAAUUAAUGCGUAGUGGCUUACUUAGUGGUUAUUCGAACUAUGAGCGAGGUAUAAUUGUUUAUAAAAUCUUAUUACAUUUGCCCUUCAGUAAUCAUGAGGAUGACUAUGGCGUUGAACGCCUUUUAAAUAAAUAUAUCGUUGCUGACAUAUUUGCUCUUCACGAUGGACAAAACUAUUUAACAUCGGAAAAAAGAGUCAUCGAUGUAAAUGGGAAAAAGAUUUUAUAUGAUUUUUGGAUUGGAAACCUCAAUAUUUUCAGGCAGCAACCAAUUCACCUCAUACAUGAGUACCUCGGGCCGAGAGUAGCCUUUUAUUUUUCCUUUUAUGAAUUCUUUAACAAAGCUUUGCAAUUGGCUGCCCUUGCUGGUGUCUGCGAUAUUAUAUAUGGGUUCAAUUUCAAUUUGUCAUCACUUGAAAAACCUAUAGAGAAAGGUAUUUGUGAAUCAAAUGCAAAAAUGUGCCAAUCUUGUCCAAAUAAUGUCACCUGCCCAGCAAGACCGGUUAAGGAAUAUUGUUUCUCAACGAAAAUUCAUCUUAUUUUAGAUCACAUAUCUGAGAUUCCGUUCUGGGAAGAAGAGUACAUGCUAAGAUCAAUCUCUUAUGAAGAAAUGGACAGGAAGUAUAUGGAAUUAGCAAAUCAGUUCGCAAUGGUGCUUUGGUUUGUCAUAGCAUUCCCAUUGGCUCCCUUAGUUAUUUAUGUAAUUAAUAUUUUCGACAUAAGAAUCCAGGCUCGAAAGUUCCUACAGAUGUCGAGACGGCCACUUUUUAUAAAAGCACCAGCAAUUGGGUGGAUCAAAGUUUUCUACUUCAUCUCAUUUUUUUCUGUGGUAACCAACGUUAUUAACCUGGCUCUCGUAACUCGAACCGCAACUCGUUAUGUUAUGACCAAGUACGACAAAAAACCUUCAGAAUUAUUUGAUUAUGUUAACUACAAUAAAAAUCCUUGGUUGACGUGUUAUGCCCCUGAUAUGAGAACUCCUUUUGGGAAGGAUAAUCACGAACCACAAACGCCGUUUAUGUUUUGUAUAGAUUAUUUAUUGCUUCUCAUGUAUAGAUAUUAUUUCGCUAUGUUAUUCGUGUCUGCAAUGAUCUGCGUCAUUUUUGUGAUCCUAUACUUGUUUCCUAAACAACGAAAUGUAGGAAAAGCUAGAGAUGUUGAACAGAAAAUAAGACAGCUUUAUAAACACUACGAAUUUAAAAAUGCUAAGUAG